UGGACGUCAUUACUGAACCUGCAGAUCACAGUGAAGUUUUCUGCCUUCAAACCUUGUCCCAUCAACAUGAAGACUGUGUGGCUCCUCACAGGACUCCUGCUCAGUGCACUGGGCUGCUCUUGCAUGCCGUGGGGUGUUAACGCUGCCUCUCCUCGCCAAUGUUGCUUUGAGUUCAGCACAAAGAAGAUCGAACCAACUCAGAUCCUGUCCAUUGUUAAGACCAGCAGCAAGUGCUCUAAGCCAGGAUACAUAGUGACCACCAAAAACAAGGCAAAGGUCUGUGUUGACCUGAACGAUAUCGAUGACUUGGUGUUAAACCCAAAUUAGUACAAUGAAGUAUCUGCCUGAAAACUUUUAAAAUUCUAUUAACUUUAUUCAUUCUUUAUGAGUAUUCACUUUUUGAAUUGUGAAGCAUAAUGGAAGUGUAUAGCUUUCGUUUUUAGAAAUAUGUAGGCCUAACUCUUUUUUACGAUAAAUGUUCUUUUUUUUAUACCCAUCUUCUACCUGACCUAAACUGACACAAAAAAUAAAUGCUUUUUUGAUCUUG